AUGAAUAAGUUCAUUCCUCCAGCCAUCAAUGAGUUUCCAGAUGAUGUUUUCACCAAUGCGGAGCGCAAGAGCGGUGCUGUACUGCUACACAUCAUAGCGGCUCUCUACAUGUUCCUGGCCCUGGCUAUCGUGUGCGACGACUACUUUGUGAUGUCUCUGGAAAAAAUCUGCGAGAAGCUGAAUCUGAGCGAGGAUGUUGCUGGUGCCACGUUCAUGGCGGCGGGGAGCUCAGCGCCUGAACUCUUCGCAUCUGUUAUAGGGGUCUUCAUCACUCACGGUGAUGUUGGAGUCGGAACUAUCGUCGGUUCUGCCGUCUUCAAUAUCCUCUGCAUCAUAGGAGUUUGUGGGAUUUUUGCUGGGCAGGUGGUCUUACUGACCUGGUGGGCUGUUUUCCGUGAUUCUUUCUUCUACAUAUUGUCUGUAGUUGCUCUUAUUGUGUUUAUCUAUGAUGGAAAGAUUGUGUGGUGGGAGAGUCUGGUGCUGGUCCUCAUGUAUGUUGUAUAUAUCCUCAUCAUGAAAUUUAAUUCCAGCUUGCAGAAGUUUUUCACGAGACGGAGCGAUAAGAAUGUUGCCAAUGGAAACGCAGCGGCCGGCGGCAGUGAACUGGAGGACGUCAAGUCCAGUAAGAUCUACAGUCGAGGUUCGGUGGUAAUGGUUGAUGAAAUCAUCAAUGCCAGUCCUACGAAUUACCGUUUCCCUGAAGCGGGUCUGCGUGUCAUGGUCACCAACCACUUCGGCCAGACUCGUCUGCGCAUGGCCAGCCGGCUCAUCAUAACUGAGCGUCAGAGGUUGGUCCAGUCAGCCAAUGGAGUGGAGACGGCUGUGGUGGACGGGAAGCCAGACAUCGAGAAUGGAAACGUACCAGAAGACAAAACCAAUGAAGAGAAAGAGAGUGAACUCACCUCUCCAUUCAGAUUUCCAGGCGGCUGCGUGAACACGACUAAAUGGCUGAUCUCUUGGCCGUUAUUGUUGAUCCUGUUCUUCACCAUCCCGAACUGUGCCAAGUCUCGCUGGGAGAAAUACUUCAUGCUAUCGUUCAUCCUCUCCACCGUCUGGAUCGCAGUCUUUUCCUACUUUAUGGUGUGGAUGGUGACGAUCAUCGGAUACACACUCGGUAUUCCUGAUGUCAUCAUGGGCAUCACGUUUCUGGCCGCGGGCACCAGCGUCCCGGACUGUAUCGCCAGUCUGAUCGUGGCUCGUCAAGGUCUGGGAGACAUGGCCGUGUCCAACACUAUCGGCAGUAACGUGUUUGAUAUUCUGGUGGGACUCGGCGUUCCCUGGGCACUGCAGACCAUGGCUGUCAAUUACGGAUCAGUCGUGAUGAUAAACAGCCGAGGACUCGUGUACUCUGUGGUGCUUCUGCUGGGAUCUGUCGCUCUCACCAUUCUCGGGAUCCACCUCAACGGCUGGAAGUUGGACUUUAAGCUGGGUGUUUAUGUGCUGGGGCUGUACGCCGUCUUCCUCUGUUUCUCCAUCAUGAUCGAAUACAACGUCUUCACCUUCGUCAAUAUACCCAUGUGUCGGGAAGACUAGAGCCUCACCAACCGCUCCAUAUCCCAGAAUGCACCAUCCUGAUGUCACGCUCACCCUGAGUUUCUCCGCUCACCAUCAUCACCUCGGACGGGAUGAAUGUUAGUCUUCAUCGGGACUAACGCUUGAUUCACUGUGGACAGAGAAGAUCUUCCAGUCAAGCUCAUUUUCCUGACCUCGAGCCCCAGAAAGAGGAACUUCUCCUCGGCAGCUCUUCUUUUCCGGCUGAGAUCUUUUUUGAUAUCCCAAAAUGCAUUGCGUGUCCACCAUGGAUUGCAUCAGGAACAUAUGGGCGCCUCAAUAAACAUUCACUCUUUUCUACACACCUGCUUUUUCUUUUUCUUUGUCACUUUGUGGAAAAAAGAUCUUUUUGUAAGCGUGUCUCAAAUAUCCGAGUCGAAGCUCUUCACGAAGUCUUCAUCGCUCAUACAACUGUGAAUUAUUUUGCUGCAUAUCACUUUUUUAGCCCUAAAAGGAAGCGAAAUUUGUAGACAAACUGGAUAAAAAAGUUUGUGAGACAACUUUUAAGUUGGCUUGAAAAAGCAUAGCCAGAAAGUUUGAAGGUAGUACGUUCAAA